AUGCCCUCGUUGCCGCCUGGGCAGAUCUUUAAGGCGACGUACUCUGGUGUGCCGGUGUACGAGUGCAUUAUUAAGGAUGUGGCCGUGAUGCGUCGUCGGAGCGAUGCAUGGCUGAACGCGACGCAGAUCCUCAAGGUUGUCGGCCUGGACAAGUCGCAGCGCACGCGUGUGCUCGAGAAGGAGGUGCAGAAAGGCAUCCACGAAAAGGUCCAGGGUGGCUACGGCAAGUACCAAGGGACGUGGAUCCCGAUGGAUGUCGCGAUUGCGCUCGCGGAGCACUACCAUAUUCGCGAGCUGCUCGAGCCGAUCAUUGCGUUCGUCCCGUCGGACCGCUCGCCCCCCCCCGCGCCGAAGCACGCGAUCGCCACGUCGGGGCGCCUGAAGAAGACGCCGAGCGAGGUGAUGGACAGCGCGCGCCUGCGCGCCUCGAGCGAGGAAAACAGCAGCGAGGUGAUCGGCGCGGACGAGUACAACCGCUCCGAAGGCUCCAUCUCGCCGUCGCCGAGCGACAUGUCGUCCGCGAGCCGCACGCCGAGCCCCAUCGCGCCGGACGCAAAGGAUUACGCGCCGCGGUACGCCGACGCGCGGGGCGUGAUGUACACGCCGGGCUCGCGCGUCUCGACGCCGUACGGCUACCGCGACCCGUACAUGCAGACCACGCCGACGUACGAAGAGGCGGAUCCGCAGGCGCGGUACGCCGAGAUCAUCCUCGACUACUUUAUCAGCGAGACGACCACGAUUCCCCCGCUGCUCGUCAGUCCCCCGCUGGACUUUGACCCGAAUAUGAGCAUCGACGAAGACGAGCACACCGCGCUGCACUGGGCAUGCGCGAUGGGGCGCAUCCGCGUCGUAAAGCUCCUCCUCUCUGCCGGUGCCGACGUCUUUCGCGUGAACUCGAAUGGGCAGACGGCGCUGAUGCGCGCGGCAAUGUUUUCCAACAACUACGACCUGCGCAAGUUUCCCGAGCUCUUUGAGCUGCUGCACCGGAGCAUCCUCAACAUCGACCGCAGCGACCGCACCGUCUUCCACCACGUCGUGGACCUUGCGCUGAGCCGCGGCAAGCCGCAGGCUAGCCGGUACUACCUCGAGACGAUGAUCCACCGCCUCGCCGAGUACGGCGACCAGCUCGCGGAUAUCCUCAACUUCCAGGACGACGAGGGAGAGACGGCGCUCACGAUGGCCGCACGCGCGCGGUCCAAACGCCUGGUCAAGCUCCUGCUCGAGCAUGGCGCGGACCCCAAGAUCCGCAACCGCGAGGGGAAGAACGCCGAGGACUAUAUCGUGGAGGACGAGCGCUUCCGCGCGAGCCCCUCGCGCCCGAGCGCCGCGCUGCCCAGCGCCGAGCCGGCGGGACACCAGGGCGCGCACACGUCAGAAGCCGGCCAGCGCGCCGCCGGACGCGCCGUCGGCCUCGUCUCGACGCUCCUGCACGACCUCGCCGACUCGUACGACACCGAGCUCGCGAUCCUUGAAAAGAAGCUCGCACACGCCCAGUCGCUCCUCGUACAGAUCCAGAGCGAAAUUGCAGAGAGCGGGCGCAUGGAGGCCGCGCUCCGUGCCAGCGGCCAGGACACGGACGAGACGCUCGCCAAGGUGCACCGCCUCGAGGACGAGGUGCGCACCGCGUACCGCCGCCGCGACGCAGCCGAGGCCGCGCGCCAGUGGGCAGACGCCGAAAGCCGGAUCCGCUCCGCACAGCACGCGGCCGGCAUCGAGGGGCUCGGCCACGUCCACGACGCCGACGUCCAGCCCCUGCUCACGCCGCCGAGCGACCUGCGCGCCGAGCUCGAGCGCCUGCGCGAUGCGACACGCGCCGCAUGCGCACGCCGCGACCAGCUCGAACAGACCUACCUCGAUAACCAGCGCGACCAGGCAACGGGGCACACCAUGACGACCUACCGCCGCCUAAUUGCCGCGGGGUGCGGCGGGAUUCCCACCGAAGAGGUCGACGCGGUAGUCAACGUCCUCAACGACCUGCUCGAAGAGGGCGACAGCGCAGCCGCGGCCAAGUACGUAGACCAGGUCCGGCCGCGCCCGCAGGAGGAGCGGAUGGACGACGGCGCAGCGCCGGUCGCUGUUUCGUAG